AUGGCUGAGCCUAUUCGCAACAAGCGCCUCGACCCGGCCACUGCGCCUACGCCGCAGAAUACCCCCCUUCAGAAUGCGCCCAUUUCCUCGCACGCCCAGCAGCCCGGCGUUGACAGCAUCAAGGAGGAGGAUCUUGAUCGCGCCGCUGCUGCCUCCAUCUUCGCCCAAAACCCAAAGCUCGUUCAAAUGAUCCAGGGAAGACUUGGCUCCCUCGUCGGCCGUUCCUCCGGUUACAUCGAGUCCCUCCCUCCUCAGGUGCGCCGCCGUGUCGCUGGCCUCAAGGGCAUUCAGAAGGAGCACUCCAAGCUCGAGGCCGAAUUUCAGGAGGAGGUUCUCCAGCUGGAGAAGAAGUACUUCGCCAAGUUCACUCCUCUUUACGAGAAGCGUGCCAAAAUUGUGAACGGAGGCUCUGAGCCUUCCGAGGAAGAGAUCAAGGCCGGCGAGGAGGAGGAUGAUGACGAGGAGCCCGAGGACGCCGAGAAGACGGAUAAGUCUACCGAAUCAUCCGACGUCUCUGGUAUCCCCGAGUUCUGGCUGUCUGCCAUGAAGAACCAAAUUUCUCUUGCCGAGAUGAUUACCGACCGUGAUGAGGCCGCCCUGAAGCACCUCGUUGAUAUUCGCAUGGAGUACCUCGACAAGCCUGGUUUCCGCCUCAUCUUCGAAUUUGCCGAGAACGAGUUUUUCACGAACAAGACCAUCACCAAAACCUACUUCUACCAGAGCGAGAGCGGCUACGGUGGUGACUUCAUCUAUGAUCAUGCCGAAGGUGACAAAAUCGAUUGGAAGGAAGGCAAGGAUCUCACUGUUCGGAUCGAGAGCAAGAAGCAGAGGAACAAGAACACGAAGCAGACUCGUAUCGUUAAGAAGACGGUUCCCACCGAGUCCUUCUUCAACUUCUUCUCGCCUCCUCAGGCCCCCACGGAGGAGGACGACGACGCCGCUUCUGACAUCGAGGAGCGCCUUGAGCUUGACUACCAGCUUGGAGAGGACAUCAAGGAGAAGCUCAUCCCCCGUGCCAUCGACUGGUUUACCGGCGAAGCUCUGGCCUUUGAGGAGUUGGACGAUGAUGACUUGGAGGGUGACUUCGACGACGAGGACGACGACGAUGACGACGAUCUUAGCGAGGACCGUGACGAAGACGAAGAGUCUGAGGACGAGGACGAUACCGGCAAACCUAAGCAGGAGGCGGCUGAGUGCAAGCAGAGCUGA